CCCGCCUCCAGGCCGACUCCCUCGGCCAAUGGCGAGGCCGAGCGGAUCGCGUGUCACUAUAACAGAAGGACAUAAUCAGCGCGGUAAGUUUGCAGAACCUUACAGCCAGUCUCGGCCAGCGGGGAGCUCGCUUCUUUCAGCUUUUCUCGAGGUUGUAAAGUCCACUGUCACCAUGUCUGACACCGAAGAAGUCGAUCAGGUCGAGGAGUACGAUGCCGUAGAAGAGGAGGUAGAGGUAGAGGUGGCCCCUGAGGCGGCCCCUGAGCCAGAGGCGGCCCCUGAGCCAGAGCCAGAACCAGAGCCAGAGCCAGAACCAGAACCAGUGGUAGAGCCAGAACCAGAACCAGAGCCUGAGCCUGAAGGACAUCCAGAAGAAGCGCCAGAACAAGGACCUGAUGGAGCUGCAGGGCCUGAUCGACGCUCACUUCGAGUGCAGGAAGAAGGAGGAGGAGGAGCUGAUCGCCCUGAAGGAGAGGAUCGAGAAGCGUCGUGCUGAGAGAGCCGAGCAGCAGAGGAUCCGCUCCGAGAAGGAAAAGGAGCGCCAGGCCAAACGGGAGGAGGAGAGGCGGAUCCGGGAGGAGAGAGACCAGAGCAAGGCAGACGAGGAGGCGAAGAAGAAGUCCGCCCUCUACAUGGGCUCCAACUACAGCAGCCACCUGCAGAAGGCGGACUCAAAGAGGGGAGGAAAGAAAGAGACUGAGAGAGAGAAGAAGAAGAAGAUCCUGGCCGCCAGACGCAAGCAGCUCAACAUCGACCAUCUGAACGAAGACAAGCUCAAGGAAAAGAUCAAGGAGCUGCACGACUGGAUGACCCAGCUGGAGUCGGAGAAGUUCGACCACAUGGAGAGACUGAAGAGGCAGAAGUACGAGGUUACAACCCUGCGUAAGAGAGUGGAGGAGCUCAGUAAAUUCAGCAAGAAGGGAGCCGCCGCCCGCCGCAGGAAGUAGACCGUCCCCGAAACUGCGAUGUUGUCGGACUCACGCCUGACGCAACAACGCACGCGGCGGCGAAGGCCGUCGCUCAGAAGAAACCCGUAACGCUGAGGUGUUUGAAACCACCACCACCACCCCCCCGCCCCCCUAACCAAGUCCUGACACGUGCAACCAGGAGCCUUUAGCUGCUGCUCAGUAGGAAAAUGAAGAAACUGGCGCUUCCUCGCCCUCAGCUGUUUUGGUUCUCAGUAUUUUUGUAAAUAAAGUGUGACGCUUCAAGAA